AUGGGUACACCAUUUAAACCACCACCUUUUAUGAAACAGCAGAGUAGACAAUUGAUGAUGUCACUCAAAAAAGGCAGAGAUGAAAUCGAUGUAGAUGAACUUGGUGAUCUCGACAUCACAACUAUACUUGGAUCAGAGAUUGACGAUCAACCCAUAUCACAAGAGGAUCAAGAUCGUGUAAAAGAAGCACUCAAGAAAGGAUUGGAUCUGAGAGAGUACUCUCAUUCCGUUGAAUCGGAAUUGAAUCAGUUAGAUAAAUUAACGGUUGCCGAUUAUUUCAAUGAAAGAGAAGAUUUCUUAAUAUUAUAUAAUCAGAUUUCAGUUGUCGAUGGUGUAUUACAAUCGGUGGAACAGAUGCUUAAUCACUUUUACAACGACAUUAAGAAUAUCGGAUCGGAAAUGAAUCAACUCCAAGAGAAAUCGAUGAUGAUGAACUACAAAGUAAACAAUAGAAAGCUAUUGAAAGAGAAACUAAUGGAAUUCAUCGAUGUAAUAACUAUUGAUAUAAACUUUUCAAAUCAACUUACAAAAGGUGAAAUCAAUACAGAGUAUGUAAAUUGUUUACAAAAGUUGGAUCAAAAGAUAACGCUGUUCGAUGACUACAAGGUGUUGGCACCGAGUAUCUGCACUUACUCGCAGUACAUCGCGACCGAAGUGAUAAACACCUACGUUGAGAACUCCGAGCGUUACUACUCGAACUACUACCGCAACUACACCAAUAGCUUGUUGAGGAUGCAAGACGACGCCACCAUCAAGUCGGACGUCGGCACCAAGCUAAAGACAAUCUUUAGCAGUGCGACGAACGGCGGUAACAACGAGACCGGUCGUCAUCACUCGAUCGACCUGGCGACGCUACUCCACUCGAUGGCACCAGCCGUAGUCAACAACGGCAGCGUCGCCGCCAAAGACAAAGACAGUGGCAACGGUUUGGUGAGAACCGACCAACUCAAAAAAGAAAUACUGGAUUCGUCGGCCAUUGAAUCACCGGCAUCCGCAUCGUUCUGGGAUGCAGUGCCCGUUAUCAUUCCAACCUCUUCAAACACACCGACCAUCAAAUAUCCAUUCGAACAAGUCUAUAGGUCACUUGUAUUCUUCCUCAUGGAUAUCAUGACAACCGAGACUGAAUUUAUCAACAAGUUUUUCCUUGGUGGUCAAGAUAUGAUAUCCAUUAUCUUCACAAGAUCUAUUUCAUUAUUAAUCGAAACAACAGAAGGUUUCUUAACCAACAGUAAUGAUUUAGUUUGUAUUUCAAUUGUAGUUGGUAUUUUAAAUUAUUUUAAAUAUGUUAUGGUUCAAGAAAGAAAUAUUACAGUUUUGAAUGAAUUGUUGUUUGAUAAACUGUUACCGGUUGCAACCGAUAGAUACCUGAGAGUGUUCAGCAAGCAUAUUACAUUGAUGAAUGGCGUUCUAAUGAAGGAUUUGAAACCAAUCAACUUUUUACAUUCACAUUUCAUUGGCAAGCGUUAUGCAGAGUUCUAUAUGUGUCUGACAGGCUUGAAUGGUUUGAUGAACCGACUACAAUCACAGCUACAAGAACAGAUGUCAGCGAUCGAGAAGCAACACAAUGAACGACAGGAAGAACAUCAGAAACUACAGCAGCUCAUGAAGGAAAAGAAAAAUCAGACCGCUGCCAAUGUCGAGCAACUCGAGUCGCUAGACGACCAGAUCGAUACGUUGGAGGCGACGCAUCUCAAGAAGAAACAACAUCUCCAACAGCUCAACGGUAACCGCGAGUCCGUCCAGAAGACACUCACCCAACUACGCGACUACAGCUUGCAACUCCUCAGAAAGCUCUCGAAUGAGAUCGCUUCGAAACCGGAACAAGUCAUUUUCAUGAUCAACAACUACAGUACGAUUCUGAGUGUGUGGCGUGACUCUCGUCUCAGUGGCGACGACCAAUCGCUCGGCCAGCUGUACGCGCUCUUCCAGUCGGCCACAGCCAAGUAUAUCGACGACCAGCUGUUGGCACUCAAACACUUUAGCGGUAUGAUCUCGUUUGUCAACGAGUGGGCACCGCUCGUCGAGUCGAGCGUCAAGAUCGACCCGGCGAUGAACCCGUCGUUCAACUCGACGGCAGUCGAACACAUAUUCGAGCAAUUCGAGAACAACUGGAAGUCAGCGGUCGCUGUAAUCAAAGACAACAGCAUCAAACACUUUGCAUCGAGUUCACUCGCCAAGAACCGCACCUUCGAUGUACUAUUACAACAACUUCACUACCUCUAUCGUGGCAUGACCAUCGUUGUGCAACACUGUUUCCCAAACCUAAAGAACUCAAAAUAUUUCCGUCCCACUCAAUUCCUACAAGAUAUAAGAGCAAUGUCACCAGGUUCAAAAUUCGAUGAUCUUAUUUAA